GUGAGCCGAGGAGAUGGACUGGAGCUGAUUAAAUUAGCUGAAAUUACACAUUCUCGACUGAAAACAUCUCGUUUGAGUUGUUUAGGUGGAUUUUCUUUAUAUUUGUGUACAGUCUGAAGCACGUUGGCUUGAGUUUCGUUGUGUUUUCCUCGUCUUUUUUGUCAAGAAAUGAUAUGAAGUCUCACAGCAGCGAGGUCGGAGUGUUUGUCCGGAUCAGACCAACGGCAAACUUCUCCCAAGAUCUCAUCGAAUGUCUACCUGACGGCCAGACAGUAAACAUCCAUUACAGGAAAACCUCCAGGAAGCCCCAGGACACCAGGAGAGGUCUGAGCUCCCGGUCGUUCCGACUGGAAGGCAUCCUACAAGAUGUAUCCCAGGAGGAGUUGUACGGCAGAGUGUGCCGACAGGUGGUACUGGGAGCACUGGAUGGUUAUAAUGGUACUGUGAUGUGUUUUGGGCAGACAGGUGCAGGAAAGACCUAUACCAUGACAGGAUCCACAGAGUCAUACAAGCAAAGAGGCAUCAUUCCUCGGGCCCUUCAGGAGGUGUUUCAGGAGUUGGAAAAAAGGACUGAGCAUGCCUUCUCUGUGCACCUGUCCUACCUGGAGAUCUAUAAUGAGACCUUGGUGGACCUGCUGUCCUCAUUGCAAGGCUCACCUCACCCGUCUCCUCACGGCAUGGUGGUGAUGGAGGAGCCGGGCAGAGGCGUGUUCGUCAGAGGUCUGUCUCUUCACCCUGUCCACUGUGAGGACGAGGCUCUAAACCUGCUGUUUGAGGGUGAGAUGAAUCGCAUUAUUGGGUCUCAUGCCUUAAACAGGAGCUCCUCCAGGUCCCACUGCAUCUUCACUGUGCAUAUAGAAUCUCGCUCACGGACUCUGUCUAAUGCCAAGUACCUCACCUCCAAACUGAAUUUGGUGGAUUUGGCAGGGUCAGAGAGGCUAAAAAAGACAGGGUCAGAGGGUCAGAUGUUCAAGGAAGCCAUGUAUAUCAACAAGUCAUUGUCAUUCCUGGAGCAGGCAAUUCUUGCCCUAGCAGACCGUCGCAGAGACCAUAUUCCCUUCAGACAGACUAAACUCACACAUGCUCUCAAAGAUUCACUGGGAGGGAACUGCAACACUGUGCUUGUGGCCAACAUCUACGGUGAGGCUGCACAGAUAGAAGAAACACUCUCUACUCUACGUUUUGCCAGCAGAAUGAAGUGUGUCCAGACAAAUCUGUCUGUUAAUGAACACAUCGAUCCAGCAGCUCAGAUCAAGAAACUUCAGAAGGAUGUACAGAGGCUGAAAGAGGAAUUAUCCCUCUAUAAUACAUCGGUGGAGCGGCCGAGCAUCACAUAUGAGCCGUUGUCUGAAGCCCAGCUGGCUGAGAUCCACAGCCAGGUUCAGAGGUACCUCGAGGGAAGUCUGGAGGAAAUCAGUAUCAUAAGUAUCAGGCAAAUCCAGGCAGUGUUCGCCCAGUUCAAGCUGGCUGUGCAUAGGGAACAGGAACAGAAGGUGAAGGCUCAGCUAUGCCAGACCUACAACUUGGUGGAGAAAGACCAAGGUGCUCACACAGCUUCUGUCAAGGAGUGGGAUACAAGAGGCAGCAGUGAGGAUGUGGAGGCCCGUAGCCUUGAGGUUUCUCCUCAUUCACCGAAAAACACCCAGCGUCCAAGUUCGACCAAAGCUAAAACUAAAAAGUCUAGGGACAAACAGAGCUCUACUCCAUCCAAAGCGGAGACCUUUGAGGAUUUUAAAAUGGGUCAAGGCAGAGAGAUCAACUGCAUCCUAAAAGAGAACAAAGCCGUGCUGCUGGAACGCCGCAGUCUUCUUCGGCAGCUCACUGAGGAGGUCAACGCUGUAAAGAGAGAGAUCGACUGCACCACGGCCGCCAUACAGCAGCACAUGGAUAUGAGAGGGGGCCAAGGUCAGUAUUUUGUUAUGGAUGGGGAAUCAAUGCUGCAGGAGCAAGAUGCCACUACUCUGAUCAGGCUCAGAAAGCUGAAGGCCCUGUACCGACAGAGAUAUGAGGUGCUACGUGACAUCAAGGCAGAGGUUAACUACUGUCAACACCUUGUGGAUCAGUGCAGGGUGCGCCUGUUCUCUGAAUUUGAGAACUGGUAUAAGAAGUCUUUUCAAUCAACUGAGGAGCAGGACAUAAUGGAUACAACCCAUGAACAAGGGGAGGAUAACCAGUCAGUGGAGCAGCUGCCGUAUGAGCUUCUUCCUGAAGGCUGCAGCUCUGAAUCCUUCUACAACGCUCGCUACAGAACACUGGGAAUGAGGAACAGCAGGGUACCGUCCUUCACUCCAGCGCAGAGGAAAUCGUCUUCCGGGUCUGGACAAAGACGACUUCCUCCAAUUCUACCUGUUAGCUAAUGUGAGGGUGUUACGUGGGCACGGCGGUUUCCAGGCUGCGGCGGCCCUGCCUCAGUUUGCGCUUGUUGCUGUACAGAGCCAUCUCCUCCAGGGCUGAGGUGGCAGGCAGCGGGCUGGGUACCUCUGCCUCAGGGAUUCCAGCGGGCACUAAAAAAACAAAACAAACAGAGCAACUUCAGUCACGUUUUCUGCAAUUUAUCUUCUUUUCAUUUGACAAUCACUCCCCAACGGCAGCUGUAGAGAGGAAGAAAGAUGAAGGCAACUGGACAUAAAAGUCCUGAUGAGCAAAGUGGAUGGACCCCCAAAACCUUCGAGACAAGCCCCACAUUCACUUCAGCAGCUGGAAACAAGCGAAAGUUUUGAGCAGGAAACUAAAGCAGUGACUGCAUAUUUUAACCAGCCACCUCAAUGGGCUCUGUAUUCAAACUCACAUCAAGAGUCAAUGCCAUUAAAGUAACCUAAAUAAUUAA